AGAAAAUGCGGUGUGUUUAUGUUAGCUCCACAGUCAAGUGUUGCGUUUGCACUUUGACAUGCAAAGACAUGCUGCAACUGCUGACAAGAAUUAUUCCAGUAGUUUGUUUAAUUCGUAAACACGGUGAAAUAUUUACUUUUAAUGAGGAAUGCUUUUCAGCUUAUGUUGCACUUAAGCUGCUACAACUACAUUCACCAUAAUAAAAAAUCCAGGCUUGCCUCUCUCGUUGCUCCGCCUCCUGGUUCCUCCAUUGCAGCUUCGCUGGGCCGCCAUGUGGCGACUGGCAAAGCAGAAAGAUGUGAUGAAUUACCAUAAACUCCAAGAGUUUGUGCACACGCUGACCGAGGCGGUGCCUGGACUGAUGACCCAAAGACAGACGGCUCAGCUCAUUCUGGGUCUCAGAGCCCGGCGGAUCCUGGAGCUGUGCAAAGGCUCCGUCCGAGGUUCUGUUGACUCUCAAAUGAUCCAGGCGCACUUAGAGAACCUCCCGCUAACCUCAGAUCACGGCGAUGCGGAGGUGAAAGCAGCAGAGUCCACGUUUGUCGCCUUGGUUCAGAGCCUGCUUCAAGAUCCAGCUGAGCGAGCGUACUUCUUCCAGGAGGUCUUCCCGAUAGAGUAUGGAGCCAAGUAUGACGCUGCUCUGCAUGUGCUACUGUGGGAGCUGCUCUCCAAGCUGGAGAAGCUGCUUCCAAUACCAGACCUGGAGCAGACUGCAGCCUGGCUGGGCUCAACUCCUGCCUUAUUGGAUGAAUGUGUCCAGUCCACUACAGAAGAGCUGGGCUUGAUCUUUGAGCACUGCAAGAGCUCCGCACUUUUUAAAAUGCCCUACGGCAACUCCACCAGCCUUGGCGGCUGCAUCAUGUCCGCUCUGUCCAUCCCGCCCUCUCACAGAGCAAACCUCGCCGUCACACCGGAGUUGGUCAACAACUACGCCAGCAUCACGAACCCCCUCGCUGUCGUGGGGGCCGAAGAGUACGGCGUGGUGACGGUCUACACCGAGGUGGAGGUCGGGGCGUCGGACGUGCCGGCGGCAGAAGUUCAGAUGUGUUUCUACGAGGAAGAGGUGACACCUGAGGAGUCCGCGGCGGAGACCGUGGACGUCAACAGAGCGCUGGAAACCCUGACCAAAACAUUCGCCUUCAGUAAGGAGAGCCUCGAAAACGACGGCGCCGCUUUAGAAGAUGAAGAAGACGGCGUUGUGGGUGAGGUGGAAGCUGAUGUCCAACCUGGUGGUGUGAGUUGUGACGCCGCUGACGGCCCCGCUCAACUUCCUGCUGUCUGCCAGACACAAGCAUCCACGAGCUGCAGCCGCUCAUGUGGCUUGAAGAGCGUCCGAGCCACCCAAGCAGCUGCCUCGUGCGUGAUCGCUGUCAAAGGAAGCGACAAAGGGGAUUCCGAUGAGAUGACGUCCAUCAUCUUCACAUGCUCACAGUGUCCCUUCCACCACUCUGAGGACAACAGCCCUCCCCACUUCCACAUGCAGAGUGUUCCCACUGAGGAAUACCGGAAGCUCUCGGGAGCCAACGUGACUCCGACUCCCUCAGGCACGGAUGAGAUUUUUACAUCCAUUAAACUUUUCCCCAAAGGAGGCGCAGAGCAGCCAGAAGGCGCGCCCGUCAAAGACGACUCAGUGAGUUCCUCCCGGGCCCCCAGCAGACUGACGUGCGAGACGUGCGGCAGGACCUUCACACGCACGUCCGACGUCAGGCGACACCAGCUCACCCACACGGGCGAGCGACCCUUCCGCUGCUCGCAGUGUGACCGCACCUUCCAGCACUCUUGGGACCUGGCCAAGCACCAGAGCAAGUCGCACGCCACCGCCAUCUCCUUCGCCUGCCCGCCGUGCCGCACCACCUUCGCCAACCUGCGCACGCUGACCGCCCACCACAAGCGCUGCCACUCGGGCGAGAGCCACCUGCCGCACAUCUGCUCCAUCUGCAGCUGCAUCUUUGCCUCCGCCAGCGAGCUGCUGGAGCACAGGACGUCGCACGUGGCCGCCAAGCGUUACGUCUGCCUGAAGUGCGGUGAGGGCUUUGACUCGCUUCUGGCGCGCUCUCUGCACCGGCAGACCCAUCGGGUCAAGCGCCAGUUCAAGUGCCCGCACUGCGAGAAGACGUACACGCGGCGGUCGGACGUGAAGCGGCACCUGGCCACGCACACGGGGGAGCGUCCGCACCAGUGCGGCCAGUGCAGCAAACGGUUCUCGCUGCGCUUCAUGCUCGUGAAGCACCUCCGCGUCCACACGGGCGAGCGGCCGUUCCAGUGCUCGCACUGCCCAAAGAGGUUCACCCUGGCGUCCGUGCUGGCCCGACACGAGAGGAUGCACACGGGAGAAAAGCCCUUCCUGUGCUCCCAGUGCGGGAAGGCCUUCUUGUCCCAAGGGGAGCUCUCCAAACAUCAUAGGUCGCACGUGGACGACAAGCCCUACACCUGCCCGCAGUGCAGCAAACGCUUCAAGAGCAAGAAGACCCAGCAGGAGCACAUGGUCUCACACACCGGCGUCCGCCCUUACCCCUGCACCUACUGCGGCAAGGGCUUUGCCAAACCCUACGCGCUGACCCGACACCACCUCAUCCACACAGGAGAGAGGCCCUUCCCUUGCAGCUACUGCCACAAGACCUUCCUCACACUCAGCGAGGCGCAGCUGCACCAGCGCGUCCACACGGGCGAGAAGCCGUAUGCCUGUGACGCCUGCCAGCUCAAGUUCAAGAGCUCGUCGGAGCUGGCUUGGCACAAGCGCGGCCACACGGGCGUGAAGCCGCCGAGGCCCGACUGUGGCAAGUGUAGGAAGAGCUUCUCGUCCAAGGCCAAACUCAAGAAGCACAUGGAGACGCACGACGAGGAAGGACAAGCGGCUCCAAUUCAAUAGCGACACGUACAGUAGUGAACAAUACUCAUACUCAUCGUGGCUGACGUUUCAAUGGUGCCUUUGAUUGUUAUGUGCACAAGCGUCAUCAGCUACACCAGGGGUGUCCAAAGUGUGGCCCGGGGGCCAUUUGUGGGCAGCUGCUGGGUUUUUUAAGGCCCCCAGCACAUUGUAAAAACAUCAAUUAACAAGAAAACUUCACAUCAGCUGAAAUGUUACAAGAAUAAAGUCCAAAUAUUCAGACAAAAAAGUUGAAGUCUAAUGAAAAAAAGGAACAUUACAAGAAUAACAUAAUAUGAGGAUAAAUAGUCAUUUAAAGUUCAAAUAGUAAAGAAGAUGUUAUUUCUUUAAAGUUGUCAUAUCAUGAGAAACAAACAAAACAACGAAAAAAGUUAAAGAAAUCUGCAGAAAUGUAAAAAGCAAUAAUAAUAAAAGUCGUAACAUGAGGAACAAAAUAAUGUCAUUUUUAGAUGAUUAGUUUUAAUAUGAAGUAAGUAAUUCUCUCAUCUUACGAGAAGAACACUUAGGAACACUAAGAAGAAAGUUGAAAUAUUUGGAACAUUUAAACAAACAACAGCAAAAAUAGGGAAAAAAACGAAUAAAAGGCUUUUCCACAAGGCUGAGAUGCACUUUUUCCUUGCAAUAUUUCUAACCUCUUAGCGUAUUUACAAAACACGAGAAAAACAAAUUGCAAUUUUACAACAAUAAACUGAAAAUAUUAAGAGGACAAAUGACAUGAUCUUAGUAGCAUGGAGUUGAAGUUUUAAAGAAAAAACUGUUAUAUGACAAACAAAUGAGGUUGUUAUCAUGUUACAAUAAAGUCAUAAUAUUACAAGAAGAAAGUUUCUGAAGGUUAUUUAAGGAAGUUGGAACAUUAAAAAAAAACAGCAAAAAUGGGUAAAAAAAAGUUUUUGCUAGUAGGCAUAUCACAAGAUGAGAUGCAGUUUUCUCUUGAAACAUCACCGACUGUGUACAUAAUGACCUCUUAGUGUUGCUUUCCAUAAUAGCAAAGUGGCAAAGUUGCAUCCUUUCAUUUUUCACACGCAGCCGUCGUUUGGACCCCCCUGUCCUACACUAGUUUUGUAUUUGUGAUUUUUUUUUUCUUUUCUGUAGCAAAUGCUGUAACAUGCAAAAGCAACAAGUCUGUGUACAUUCAAGUCAUCCAGAUCACGGUAAUCCGCUUCCUGUUUGGUGAAGACGUUUCACCCGCAGGAGUCCAGUUGCCUCGAUUCAACAUAAAAUAACAUUCAACUUGCCGACUGUCGUCCUGGUGCUUUUUUCCUGAUUGUUAGGGCUGUCAGCGUUAAUGUGUUGGAAGUUUCCUUUAACGUGCGCGCGUCCCGUUUGACCCUUGGCCCACACCGUAUUUUGAGGAAGUAGCGGUGACUGCGGAGCCACAACUGGCAACAAAUAUUGAUGAGAAACGGAGAAAGAAAAGAGUGUUUUGAUUGGUACGUUUAGCUUGCUUGCUUGGCCGAUGGCUCUCGCAACAAGACCAAAGUUAUUUGUCUCGACUGUCGCUGUGAUUCCAGUUAUCAUGGAACACAUCACUUGCCAGAGAGAAGCAAGAAGUUAUUGGAUCGCUACCGGUAUUUUUUAUUGUCAUUUAUACUGUGGCGCCUUGGCAUGGUUUCCCAACUAACCAGUGUUUUUUAUACAUGCGAACCGAACCGCGAGCUAAAAUUUGGGUUAGGAGCUGUUAUUUACCGGCAGGCAUAGCCGAGGACAGCUAUUUGGGGGCUUGUGUCAAUGUGACCGUGGCUGAAGACCUGAAUGGCUGUAAAUAGCAUUAGCAGCACUAGCAUUAGCAUUAGACUUUCAACGCAUGGGCAAAACAUACGCACAUUAUGGUGAUGUAAUUCAUCAUAUUGAUGAUGUAUUGUAUGAAACAUGACAGGAACAGGAACCACAUCAAAUUAAAAGCACUAAAUGAAUACAGAGCCACCGUCCACCAGUACCAGCCUGGACUUGUUUUCCAGAGAGGUUGUGCACCAUAAAUGUGCACAUUAGCAUUCACCAAGGUCAUCAGAUCUGAUCGUAGUAUCAGUAUUUGGGGGCAAAUAUGAGGUGAAGGAGGAAGGCUGAGAAUACAGUAUAGUAGUCUAUGUGUGCAGCGGGACCAACUUACAUGGUGCGUUUGAGGACCGUCCAACAAAGUGGGACAAAUUGCCGCUUGCACGAAACAUGAAAA